AUGGCCCCCCGUAUCUCUGCCGGCAAGUCCACCGAGACUCUCUGCUACGGUGUCGCCACCGUCGGCGCUUUUCUUCCCAUCUACCUCAUGCUGCCUGGUGCCGAGCAGCGUCUUGCCAUGCAGACGACAAAGUGGGCGCCUCGCUGGGAGCGUAACGUCUCCUACUUUACUCCUGCUGCCGAGAGAGGCAUCAAGCGCGUAGAACCCCCCGUCUCCCGCAUGGUCAAGCGCAUUGAUGACAGGCUACCCCUUGAGAAGAUGGCCAAGGGCAUCGACAAGCGCAUCAGGAGCGGCAUUGACCGCUUCAACAACACCAAGUAG